CACAAAUAAAAAAUCUCUCUCCCUCUCUCCCUCUCUCCCUCCUAAAUUCAAGGACACAUUCCUGUCUUCGCUCUCUUUAAUUGAGAGAACAAGAAGCAAACUCAAUUGCCAUUCACAUCGACUCUUUCUCAGGAACGCGUUUUGAACUGGUAAAAGAAGCUUCUUGUUUGGUGUCUAACGUUUGAUCAAUCGGGCUGUCAAAAGAGAACUAUUUUUGACAGCCCGAAUACAGCUUCAAAGACCCUAUACAAAGAAUAAGGUGAUUGAUUAUUUAACAUACAAUACCUGGUUUUCGGGUUGUGACCAAAGUUGAAAUUCGGUUGCUUGACGUGGAUUCUUGGCCUUUUGUUGUGUAGAUUGUUGUUAUAUCGGAUUGUGUGCUUAUGAGAGGUUUUCUUCUUGUUUAUUCAAUAUGAGUUCCUUGUCUGGAAUGCUUCAAAGACCAGUGAUUGCAGCAGCUGCAGCAGCUUUAGCUUCUGUUUCUGUUGAUUUUUCUGAUAAACUCCAAUCUUUUAGAUCAUUUGAUUCUUGUUCUACCUCGGAACAGUCAAGUUCUUUAUUGUCUAAUUCAGUUCAAGAUUCAAACUUUUCAUGGGUUUCUCACAGUUCAGUUUCUAAGCUUGCAUCUUCGUCGUUCGUAACUAGGAUUCAGAUUCCUGUUCCUAAAUUAAACUUCGCAGUCCUGGAUGUGAGCCAAAAUUUUGUUCCCAGUACGUUAGGUUUUUCUGUUGCUUCCUCUCCUCUUCUUGUUAGUCUGUAUCAGUCUGCGGAGUUGGCCAAAGGACCAAAACCAAGUGCAUUUAAAACCACCAAUAUUCCUACAUCCUCUCCUGAUAUUUUGUAUAGAUGGCAUUUGCCCGAGCCUAGUACUAUUGAUGUUUCUGGGUCUUCUGAUUGUUUAUCAGAAAAAUCCAGGACAGUGGUAGUUUUGUUAGGGUGGUUAGGAUCAAAGCAGAAACAUCUAAAGAAAUAUGCUGAGUGGUACACUUCGAGGGGAUUUCAUGUCAUUACUUUUACUUUUCCAAUGGCCGAGAUUCUUUGUUACCAAGUUGGUGGGAAAGCGGAACAGGACAUUGACUUGCUUGUGAACCAUCUGACUGAUUGGUUGGAAGAGGACAGGAAGAACCUGGUUUUCCAUACUUUUAGCAAUACCGGAUGGUUAACAUAUGGAGUUAUACUUGAGAAGUUUCAGAAACAAGAUCCUUCCUUAAUGGGAAGGAUUAGGGGCUGCAUAGUGGACUCUGCUCCUGUUGCUGCCCCAGAUCCUCAGGUCUGGGCUUCAGGUUUCUCUGCAGCUUUCCUGAAAAAUCAUAGUAUUGCAACAAGAGUGCAUAUGAGCUCAAAAGAAUCAGAUAUGGAGGUACUAGUUGGCAGCAAAACACAUGUGGAACCCAAGCCUGCAAUAACUGAAUCAGCUUUAUUAGCAAUUCUGGAAAAGUUCUUCGAUGUGAUCUUGAACCUUCCUACAGUGAACAGGAGGCUCUCGGAUGUGCUAAGCUUAUUAUCAUCAGGACAACCAAGCUGUCCACAGUUAUAUAUUUAUAGUUCUGCGGAUAGAGUCAUUCCUGCAGGGUCUGUGGAAUCAUUCAUAGAGGAGCAGCGAAGAGCGGGGCAUGAGUCUGGUCUGAAGGUAGCAGAUGAGGAAUAUGACUGCGCUUAAUUUUUUCUUUUUCUCCCCUCAAGGUGCAAAAUCUUGGAGCAAUGUGAAAAGGUCUAGUUUAAAGGUAUGCAAGGGAUGGUUUCGUUAGAGAAUUUGAACUUUUAGAGAUUUAACCAAGUGAGACAAUUAAAAGAUGAAUGUUCGAUACAUAUAACAACUGCAGAUUUCAUAUACAAACCCGUUUCUUUUUUAGCAUCGAAGGGCUUACACGAGUUCUUGAUUAGGAAUAAGAUACCAAAGUUGAAUUUACUGAGAGAAAUCAUACAUAUUAUAAUACAUUAUAGAUCAUCGACAGCAAAUCAAGGCAUUUUCUGAGAUUUUGAAUCAUUAAGCAGUGGGAUAUGAGGCUUGCAUUGCUAUGCCACAAAGUCCUUCCUUUGCAGAUAUAUCUUUCUGCAUUCGGAUGUAUCCUUCUUCACCCCAUUGUGCGCCCCAUGAGUUCUUCACUAGCCAGUACUUUGUUCCAUCGCUGCCUCCAUAACCGACAGCAGUAACACCAUGGUCUAGUUCAGUGCCACAACUUCCUGUAAAGAUGCCACUGGAGUAGAAUUGGAACUCAAAUCCACCAGCAUCAAUGGCGACAGAAACUGGUUGCUUAGCAACAGCCUUCAUCAGUGCAGCUUCGCUGUUUGCUGGCACAUCUUGGAAACCGGUUAUCUUUGCGGCAUGGCUGACUUCUUUUUGAGUGUUGCAAGUGCCAUCAGUUCCCGUAUAUGGGUAGUUAGCCUCAGUAGUUAGGCCCUUGUUUUGUUCAAUGAAUUUGAAGGCAUCAUCCAUCAAACCACCAUUGCAGCCUUGAUCCUCACCCUUGGUGUCACAGUCAACAACCUCUUGCUCUGAAAGGGAGAUCAAUUUACCAGUUGUGAGCUGAUUGAUUCCUUCCAUUGCCGCCACUGCCGAAAAUGCCCAACAACAACCUAAAUUUUGAUUCAGCGCAAGAAAAGGAGUUAGAAAGUAUCCCUCUGUAAGAUGUUGUUGUUGUUCUUAUUAUCACUACUCACUAAGAAAGGAUUGGGCGCUUACCACACUGUCCUUGGUCCUUGACGGGGGUCACGGCUCCUUUCUUUCUCCAGUCCAUGGUAGCUGGCACUGCAGAAACGUUUUCAUAUCUGAAAGGACCUGCUUGUGGAGAGCACAUAUGGCCCUUGAAUCUAUUACGUGAAGCUUUGAAUUCUUCAUUUGUAAGAUCUGCAAAUUGAUUGACACCGAGGUUGUAAGAUUUGCCGGUUUGGCUGUUAAAUGCAUCUAUGCGUGCAACAUUUUCCUUGAAUAUGUUGUAACGCGUCUCCUUCUCAGCGUCAUCCUUGUAUACACGUCCAUACUGAGCCAUCCAUUGCUCGUGCCUCUCGUACAUGGACACAUCCUGGAGGGUACGAGCGACAGAUUUGGAAGGCCAAGCUCCCAACACGAAGAGCAAGGCCAGACAAAUGAAUUGGGAUUGUUUUGUGAACUUCAUGAUAGACUUGGCAGUGGUAGCAGCUACUAUAGUAGUGAAGGAAUUAGAAAGCAGGCAAGCACACUGAUCUCUUUGCAUCUUUUGAGGUUUAUAUAGUGCAUCUGCUCAUACCGUUGUGCUUAUAAUAUUUCAAGGCUUGCCUUUCAAGUCUGCGUGCCCUUGAAAAUGUUGUGAUUCUUACCCCCGAUGAUGUUCGAAAUGUUUCCCUUUAAUUCCGACUUCUUUUUUGUAUGGCUUAUGAAUGGAGCAUGAAGUAAACCAGAAAAUGGUUUAGCAGGGGAUUUUCGUCCUAUUCUUUGGCAUGAAAUGAUCUACAAGCAGAAGCAAACAAAGACACUUUUACCGUGCCGUUUCUUCAAAUCAUGGGAAUGGUUUACAUCAGAUCAACUAAGACAAUCAGCAAACAUUUUAGUGCAAUUGUCUCUGAGAGGUAGGACUUGGAGACAUGUUAUUGUACUCUACUAGUUCACUGUGACUAAGGUUCAAGAUAAACACUUUAAAACAAGAAACAUACACUGAUUUUUAGGCAUUGAGUCUAGAUUUAAGACAUGUGAUGUUGCUAAGCUUUUUUUUAAUAAUAAUUUUUCAGCUGCCCAAAUGGCAGGAAUUUUCUACUCA